CUCGUAGCAACAUUGAUACUUCGAGAGCAUCUCACUGAUCUCACUGUACACUGAUCUCCAGCACUUGCAUUCUCAACAUGUCGCCCUCUCGCACUGACGACCACCCCGAUACCAACCUUCUUUACCGGUCUCUACACGACCAAGAGCCUGAGUUAGUCGUGGGCGCGAAGGGUGCCUACUUAUGGCUUGAUGAUGGGAGGAAAAUUCUCGAUGCUUGCGCUGGUGCAGCCGUGGCAUCGAUCGGACACGGUGACCAGCGAGUGGUUGCGGCUGUCACGAAGCAGAUGACCCAGCUUUCUUACCACCACACUUCCCGCCUCACGAAUCGUGCGGCUGAGGCUUUGGCCCACAAACUUGUCGGUCACCGACCAGGUGGACUGUCGCACGCAGUGUUCUUGUCUUCAGGCUCCGAGGCCAACGAGUCGGCCAUCAAACUCGCUCGCCAAUACUGGGUAGAGGUCGGUGAGCCAGAACGCGUUCACAUCAUCAGUAGAAACGGCUCAUACCACGGCAACAGUAUUGGAUGUGUCUCGCUAACUGGUAUUCCUAACCGGAGGAAACACUUCUUGCCGCUUCUUAUGCCACAUACUUCCCAAAUAUCCCCGUGCUACUCCUAUCGAUACCAGAAAGAAGGCGAGUCAGACGCCGAGUACGCGGAGCGAUGUGCAGCAGAGCUCGAGCAGGAGAUUCUGCGGGUAGGAGAGGGCAAGGUCGCGGCCUUCUAUGCAGAAACGAUUGUUGGAGCCUCGGCAGGCAACAUCGUGCCAGUCCCAGGCUACUUUGAGGCCAUUCGCCGGGUGUGUGACAAGUAUGGAGUCCUGCUAGUGCUUGAUGAGGUGAUGUGCGGUAUGGGCAGGACCGGAAAGAUGCAUUGUUGGGAGUGGGAAGGCGUAACACCUGACAUCCAGACGAUUGGAAAAGGGCUCAACGGUGGAUACCAGGCUCUUUCAGCUGUUCUGAUCUCCGAGAAGGUCAUCGCAGUCCUUCGGAACGGAAGUGGAAGUUUUACCAAUGGCCAAACGUUCCAAAGCCAUCCUUCGGCCGCUGCUGCUGGACUUGCUGUCCAGACCAUUUUCGAAUCGGACAAUGUGAUUGAGAACUGCGCCAAGAGGGGCAAAGAGGUAAGACCGCCAUCCUACAGUACUUACUAAGCUAACGGGGUUGUUCCCAGCUCACAGCUGCCUUGGAGAAGGCGGUCGGCAGCCAUCCCAAUGUCGGCGACAUCAGGGGUC